GUAUCUAAUGGUUCACCCACAACUCAAAGAGCAAACGGAGAGCAAUGAAGACAGCUGCAAAGGUAAUAUUCAUUCUUGAUGACGUCGACGGCGGCCUCGCCACCGCCAUCACAGGCGGUCUUCAAGCAAACUCCAGUUCCGCUCUCGAAAGAUCAAAAGAGUCGUUCGAUCUGUCACUGGAUCAAUAUGGAAUUAUGGAUACCAGAGCUUCUGGAGAUGUUACUCACUUUGUCGAUACCAAUGGAGUUCCUCAAGUGUCCAUCUUGGUUCUGCAAAGGUACGAAUCCCCAGUAUUGGCAUGUGCAAUCAGCGAAGUGUUGUCAUCAUUAACAGGAGAAGGAACAUCAAGCAUGCCUUCAUUGAUUUUUCCAUUCAUUUUAGACUCGUCAAAGAUUAAGCUGGAAAGAAAAACUUCAGUAGAUGGAAACAUUUAUGGCAUACAAAUAGGUCCAGAAAGUGGUAUGAUGCAAAUCUUAGCCAGUAGACAUGAAAAAGCACCCCCAUCGAUGCAGAUUCAUUAUGAGCCUCUGUCUUGUGUUCUUCAGUUGGUCCGUGUCCUGAAGACAUCUUCGUUUAUUCUUUUCGGACAAAGUGGUCAAAAGCAAACGCUGCAGAAUGACCUUGAGGUAAUAUGUAAGAUAGGAGAAACGUUGGCUAGCGCCUCAUCCCUGCAAUUCGUGAAAGAAAAAGUAACAUGGAACCCGACCAAGGCGUCGAAAGAACUCGAGAAAGAGCCAUGGCGGGCACUAUACGGUUGAAAUCAGAAAACUGAGAUGUUCAUGUGCAGUCCAUUCUGGUGCCUUUUGUAGUCCAUUUUCUCAUUAACUUGAGAAAAGUAACAAUGUUGAUAUGCUUCAUUGUUGUAUGUGUACUAUUGUUUAUCGUAGUCGAGAUUGUAGAAUGCGAAAUGCUUGCUAGUUGCAUCUACGUUGGUGAUUGCUUGAAUCUUGCACAUUUGCGGACCAGCUACAAAGGUAUUAAGGGUGCGUUUGAUAUAUGUAAGAUAGGACAUUUUAUUGUUAUGAA